AUGUCGGAUCAUAGUCCCAUGUUUAUAGAAUUCAUGAAAGAUCCUUUUACUUAUGGUUCCUCUCCAUUUAGGUUUCAGCAAAUGUGGAUUGAGUACCCUGAUUUUAUGAGCUUUGUACAGAUGGUGUGGUCUGAACCAAUGGUAGGUACGGGUCUCGUGAAAUUAGCUAGUAAACUUAAAAAGCUUAAGGUGGCUUUACGUGAAUGGAACAAGAGGGUGUUUGGACAGACCAAUACUCAGAUUGCUAUUCUUGAAGAGAAGGUUGAGGGGGUUGAGCACUUGCUGCACAGUAAUUGGGAUAAUGAGGUUGAAAGGGAGCUUGUGAGGUACUCUACUGAGUUGUCUACUUGGAGGCGAAGGGAAGAUAUAAGAUUGGCUCAGAUGGCUAAAAUUAAGUGGAGAAUGGAAAGUGAUCGGAACUCAAAAUUCUUUCAUGUUUGGUUAUCCAAUAAAAUGCAUAGGAAAAUUCAUAAGUUGAGAACUACGGAUGGGUUAGAGUUCAAUUCACUAGAAGAAAUUCAUCUUGGUGCCGUUGAAUAUUUAGUUCCUACAAAGAUCAAAUCAGCAAAGAGAGUUGUCGGAUUUAACAAACUUAAUUUCACCGGUUAUUGA